GGUAACGCGAUUCUUAAAACAAUUCCUUAUGGAUCUAUGUCGGUAUACAUUUAGCUACCGAACGCUUAAGAGAAAAAUAAAAAAAUAAAAAUGGAAGGAAAACCAGAAAGGGUCGUUGACUAUGAUGAGUUACUCUCAUCAGCUGGAAAAUUCGGGAAAUACCAGCUAUAUUUGUUCUUUAUUAUGGGACCGUUUUAUAUAUUCGAUGUGUUUGCAUACUUCUCACAGUUAUUCAUGACCGAAGUAUCACCUAACCACUGGUGUUGGAUACCAGAGCUUGAGAACUUGACAGCGCUAGAAAGAAGAACUCUUGCUAUACCCUCGGAUCCUAAUAGCCGCUUCGGCUACUCACAAUGUUCCACAUACAACGCCAAUUGGACAGAGGUCCUAAGAACUGGACAGUACCCUAAUACAUCGUGGGGGGUACAAGAAUGUCAAUAUGGAUGGGAGUUUAAUAAAACGGAAAUUCCAUAUCCAACAAUUUCCAGUGAAUUAGGCUGGGUGUGUGAUAAAAAUAGCUACCAGGCAACGGCCCAGUCUAUCUUCUUUUUGGGAUCAAUUGUUGGAGGAUUCAUUAUUGGAUGGAUUGCUGAUAAAUACGGAAGGUUACCAGCUGCUACCAUAAGUAAUCUUAUCGGCUGUGUUGCUGGGGUGAUCAGCAUCUUCGCUAACGAUAUAAUACAGUUUUCUAUCUGUAGAUUUAUAAUGGGUAUGUGCUACGACAAUUGUAUGAUGAUGACAUAUCUCUUAGUAUUAGAAUACGUAGCGCCUAAAUAUAGAACGGUCAUAACUAAUUUACCAUUUGCGAUAUUCUUUACAUUCGGAGCAAUGAUCCUACCCUGGAUAGCAUUAGCGUGUAAUGACUGGAAGAUCUUAAGUUUAGCAACAAGUGUGCCUAUGGCAUUGGCUUUGUUAGCGCCAUUCAUCAUCCCAGAGAGUCCUAGGUGGUUGCUGUCAAAGAAUAGAUUAGAUGAAGCCGUCCAGAAAGUUGUUAAUAUAGGCAAAGUAAACGGUGUACCAGUUCCAGUGAAAUUGGUAGAAGAAUUUAAAGAAUCAUUCAAAAAUCAAAGGAACGAAGAAAGCACGAGUUCAUUAGAGAUUUUCCGACGUCCAUUGACCAGAAAAGUGUUCAUUUGUGUGUGUUUAGAAUAUAUGUGUUGUGUUAUUGUCUUUGAUGCUUUAUUACGGAGUAUCGGUGCCUUAGGUUUUGACUUUUUCCUAUCAUUUACUUUAAUAUCAUUUACCGAAUUCCCUUCGCUGAUUUUAAUAACAUUAACUUUAGACAUAAUAGGUCGUAAAUGGAUGUCUAUUACAUCUUUAGCUAUAUGCGCUGUUUUUUGUAUAUUAACUGCGUUUGUUGCGGAGGGUCUACCUUCCGUUAUAUGUGCGAUUAUAGCACGAUUUGCUGUUAAUAUUUCAGUUAGUGUAGGAAUGCAGUGGUGUGCAGAGGUAGUACCAACUUCUGUGAGAGGCUCAGCUGCAUCAAUAGUUCAUAUAUGUGGUUAUGUAGCAACUGGCAUAUCCCCCUACAUAGUAUAUUUAGGUAAUUUUUUUAUAUGGUUACCGCUGCUAAUCGUUGGUCUGUUAAGCAUUAUUGGGGCUUUAUGCGCAUGCGUCAUACCUGAAACUGGAGGCAAGGAAAUGCCACAAACCUUUGCGGAUGCAGAGAACAUGAUUUUAAACCAGAAGCUCUUUGAUAUACCAUUCUUAGAAAAGAAGAAAGAGAAACACGUGGCAGGUGAACAUAAUAAUUCAUUUGAAUUAAAUUAAAUAUAUAAUUUAUGCCAUUUUAAAUUAUGUGUGUUUAUGAGUAGUUCAAAGUGUGUUUACAAAUUAAUUAUAGUCAUUUAAGAUUAUAUUUUAUAAUGAAGAACAAUUUAUGAAUAAGUAUUGCUUAUUUAUGUACAACUGGUGAUUUGAAAAUAUAAAUGAGUCAGUUAUUAGUUUGACCAGAGAUUUGUUUUAACAGUUUUUGUUAAACAAAUAAUAACUUAAUAAAAAAAUAUUCUCUUUUAUGAUAUUUAAAUUGCAAUUAUUAGUAUUCUUUUAACAGAAAAAUUGAAGGUUACAAUGUAGUAGCCGUGAUAUUGAAGAAAUUGUGAGAAAAUUAAAUAAACAUUUUCCUUGAA